AUCAUACCAUUCAAGCCCUUUUUAGAUUAAUUGUGGGCGGGUGCAGCAGUCAACUGAUCUUUCUUAUAUGAACCCUCUUUCUUUAACGACACUGAUACAAAAAUGCACCACCAUAACCUCUCUCAGAAAGGCUUAUCAACUCCACGCUCUAAUCCUCACAACCACGAUCUCAACAAGCUAUGCACAAUGUCCAUAUUUGAACAACAACAUCCUCUCUAUGUACGCGCGUUGCGGUUCUCUUUUCAACGCAAAGAAAGUGUUCGACAAAAUGCCUCAAAGAAAUAUUGUUUCGUAUAAUGCAUUAAUUUCAGCUUUUUCUAGAGAUUCUAAUCAUGGGUUCUUGAGUUUGAAGCUAUUUGCGCUGAUGGGCACUCAAGGUUUGACGCCUAAUGGGUCAACUUUCUCGAGUUCACUUCAAGCUUGUUGUUUGCUUGAGGAUUGGUUUAUGGGGUCAUUGAUCCAUGGUCAAUCUGUUAAGCAUGGGUUUUUUAAUGAUGUAUUUGUUCAGACAUCAUUGCUUGGGAUGUAUUCGAAUUGUGGGGAUCUGGAAUCUGCAAACAAAGUUUUUGGUUGUGUUGUACAGAAGGAUGCUGUUUUGUGGAAUUCCAUGAUAUUUGGGAAUUUGAAAAAUGAGAAGUUAGAGGAAGGGGUUUUAUUAUUUGGUAAAUUGGUGAGGCAUGGCAUUGUUCCAACCGAGUUCACAUACUCAAUGAUAUUGAAUGCUUGUGGUAAAUUGGGAGAUUGUAGGUGGGGACAAGUUAUCCAUGCACAAGUUAUUGUUUUGAAUGUACUAGCCGAUUUGCCUUUGCAAAAUGCGUUGCUUGACAUGUAUUGCAGUUGCGGUGACACCGAAACUGGAUUUAAUGUCUUUAAUAAAAUUGAGAACCCAGAUUUAGUUUCUUGGAACUCAAUGAUUUCUGGAUAUGCGGAAAAUGGAGAGGGAGCGGAUGCUAUGAAUCUGUUCCUCCAGUUGGUAGGAGUGUUUCUUCCUAAACCGGAUGAAUAUACUUUCGCUGCUGUUAUUUCUGCUACUAGUGCAUUUUCGGCAACUUGUUAUGGGAAACCUCUUCAUGCCCAGGUUUUGAAAGUGGGAUCGGAGAGGAGUGUCUUCAUAGGAACUACAUUAUUGUCAAUGUAUCUGAAAAAUGGUGAUAUUGAAUCCGCUGAACAGGUUUUCAAUAUGAUUGAAGGGAAGGAUGUUGUUCUCUGGACUGAAAUGAUUAUGGGUCAUUCUAGAUUGGGUGGUGGGGAAAGUGCAAUAAAAUUAUUCAGCAUGAUGUGUCAUGAAGGCUACAAGAUUGACAGUUUUGCUCUCAGCGGAGCUUUGAGUGCCUGUGCUGACCUCGCAACUUUAAACCAAGGAGAGAUGAUUCAUACUCAGACUGUAAAAAGAGGAUGUGAUGCUGAAAUAUCUGUUUGUGGAAGUCUUGUACAUAUGUAUGCAAAAAAUGGUGACCUUCAUGCUGCUCGAUCAAUAUUUUCCCAAGUUUCAAACCCUGAUUUGAAGUGCUGGAACUCAAUGCUUGGGGGCUAUAGCCAACAUGGAAUGGCAGAGGAGGCGAUGAUAAUCUUUGCGAAGAUUUUAGUCAAUGGUCAAAGACCUGAUCAAGUAACAUUUUUGUCCCUGCUGUCCGCUUGCAGCCAUAGUGGCUUGGUUGAAGAAGGAAAGCUCUUGUGGAGUCAUAUAAAGAAAAAUGAUGUUAUACCUGGGCCUAAGCAUUACGCUUGCAUGGUUAGUUUAUUAAGCCGAGCUGGAUUGCUGGACGAGGCAGAAGAACUGAUUAUCAAAUCAACUUACAGCAAAGAUCAUUUGGAAUUAUGGCGAACCUUGCUGAGCUCUUGUGUCAAUAAAAGGAAUUUGAAGAUAGGAGUUCGCGCAGCUGAAGAAAUAUUACAAUUAGAGCCAGAAGACAGUGCAACACACAUUCUGCUUUCAAAUCUUUAUGCCGCUGCAGGGAGAUGGGAGGCUGUUGCCGAAAUGAGGAGAAAGAUAAGUGGACUGAUGAUCGAAAAAGACCCUGGACUAAGCUGGAUUGAAGGAAAAAAUGAUAUUCAUGUAUUUUAUUCCAGUGACCAAUGAAACCUGAUUGAUGAAGCCCAAGCUGAAUUGCGUAGAUUGGAAGGGAACGAGAUGAACUUAAAAAACUUUCAAGUCUCCAGAAUUGAUAGUUUGUUUGGAUUAGACUAGUGAUUAAUGACUUAGAAUACCUUUCUUCAUUCGUGGUAAGCAGUUGCUCGGGAGUAGCCAAAUCCUGGGCGCAAACUGAACAUGGCGUAAUUGAUCCUAGCCUUCAGCA